GUAAAGUCCAUAGUGUGGAUGAGUAUUGUAAGACGAGUGUCCUUCUCAGUGUGGAGGGCUCCAUCAAGAAACUUCUCUACAUUGAGAAGACAGAGGCCCUCGCAGUGAUCACAGAGAACCUCAUGCUGUCACAGUAUGCUCUCGGACCUGAGGGUGGAGCACAGGAGAUUAUGAAGGGUAAGUUGAGCAGCAAAUCCGGGCAGAAUGUAGACGUUGUGUGGACAGAAGAUGGCCUCCUCAUCACUGCAUCCGGGGAGCAGGUCAUCAGGCUGUGGGAUCUGGAAAGAGAUGACAACUAUGUUUUGUCUCUUGAUGAGACUCUGGGAUAUGAGAGGGGAGAGAUGAUCAACUGUGUUUCAUACUGUGCAGGCAAAGAAAUCCUAGCAGCUGGCACCACCAAUGGACGCAUAGCAAUGUGGAGGAUGGUGGUGCAGUCGGGUAGCAGUAGAGGUGACACUAAGCCCCAGUGGAAACUGCAGACACCAACAGAAAUUGGAGGAAAUGUCACUCAGCUACAGUCAAAAUGAGUGCAAGUGGAGACGGACCACAAAAUAACCAAAACGGCCAACAGGUUAACCCACAAAGGUUUGCAAAUGGAGAUCAGCAACCUGCUAAUGAACCAGUUAAUGGAGGCUUCGUGAGCAAUCUGUAUCUCGCUCUCCGUGAUAUUCGUUGGUUUCUGCAUGAGCUAAUAGCUUCAGUACUGGAACAAUAUGAUGACCUCUACGGUAGCGAUGACGAUGACAAUGACAACAAUGUCAACGCUCAAAAUAUUAAUGUGAGGGACAAUAAUGCCAAUGCUGACAACAAUGAACAGCACCAGGAUCGUAAUGCUGUGGUUGGUGGCAUUGAAAAUGAGGCAUUUGAAGACCGUGUGGAUGUUCACCAGUACAUCCCAGAAGAGGACCCUCAGCCAGGUGUUUCCAGGAGGAGGUCUAGAGAGAUGGAUGAGGAAGAUUUGGAACCAAACAAAAGAAUCAGAUGGAGCGAUGAUGACUCUGACUUCUUCUCUGCCUCUGACACUGAUAGCGAGGGCUGUCCUCAUGCUGGUAAUAUUGCCGAUGAGGACAUCAAUCGGCAGGUAACAGAAGAAGCACCGCAGCCUGGUGGAUCCACGAAAAGGUCCAGAGAGGAAGAUGUAGACGAAGAAGAGCGUAGUAGCAAAAAAUCCAGGCUUGCAAACUCUGAUUCGGGGACCAGCUCAACUGUGUGCGACCACUCUGAGAGCAGCAGUGAUGGACUUUUUGAAGAUGCACACGAAGAGCUUGACAACCAUGAAGCUGGAGGCUCGAGGAAGCGUUCCCGAGAGGACUUUGAGGAAGAAGAGGAAUACUUGCCU